AUGAAUCCGCCAGUUUUUUCUGGAGCAACUGAUCCUGUAGUCGCGGAGAACUGGUUGCAGGAGGUAGAAAAAAUUCUGACAGUACAUCACUACAUCGACGAACAGAGAGUUCUAUGCACUACGUAUAGACUAGUAGGGGAGGUUGAGAGACGGUGGACGACCAUUAGACUAUUGGAGGAGCAGAGGACGACUCCUGUGCUGAUGACCUGGGCUCGAUUCGGGGAAAUGUUCUUCGAUGGAUACUAUUCUGCCUCAGUUAGAGAGGCUCGAGUACAAGAGUUUCUGAGUCUGUCCCAGGGGUCGAUAACAGUCCAGCAGUACACUGUGAGACUUAUCGAGCUCUCGCGUUUCUGUCCCUAUAUCGUCCUCGAUGAAGUGAAGAAGGCAAGAAUGUUCGAAAGAAACCUGAGGCGUGAUAUUUAUAGGCAAGUGGUUGUACUGAGGAUUCAGGAUUUUGUAGAAUUGGUUAACAGGGCUAUUAUAGCAGAGGAGAGUCUACCCAGGGAAACUGAGACGCAGAGUCAGAGGAAGAGGACUGCACCUUCGAGCUUUCACACAGGUCCCAGUUGA